GUUCGCCGGUGUUAACAUAUAGUGCACAUCACUCUCCCUUUAUCUUGUAUCUCAAGUAUUCAUCUCUAUUAAGGUUGUUUUGUAUCUCGCGUACGCUGAUAAGGAUGUCUUGAAGCACAUCACUUCCCGGAGAAUGAUCGGUGGACGGUGAUAGAAAGACAAUAGAGAAAAAGGUUAUGAGAAGGGUGGCAACGGGGAGGCUGGUGGGGCUGGCUGGCGUAUACACCUGAGACACACGCAAGGUGUUUCUCACAACACAAAUGUUGCUAAUAUCACCACCACCUACACAACUCCCCCUGGAAAGGAAGCAUAUAAUGUGAAGUAGUUCGUCUCGAGCUGGCGGACAACAUCAUUCAAGAUUACUCAACAUAUUUCUUCACAUGACAAACGUCCUCGGUGAUUUGUCUUGAAUAUCUUAUCAAGAAGAGCAUCUGUUGACAAGAGGGACUCGUCGAUAAUCAGCAGCUUAUCAAGAGAUGAGAAUGUUUGGGUGGGAGUCGUGGAGAGGAUCAUUCCAGGGGCACAGUUCUGGUAGUGACCCAGACGCCGCCCUUCCUCCUCCUGCUCCUGACGACGACCACGACGACACCAUGGCCCUCACGCCUGAGAGGGAACACCGCCUCGCCCAGUUGCGUGAGCGCGUGGCUGGUGUUGUGGCGCCGGACCAACAACACGACCACAACCUCCUCCAGUGGCUGGUCGCUCGCAACUAUAAUAUUGACAAGGCUGAACACAUGCUCAGGAGGAGCAUGCAGUGGCGCAAAGAAUGGGGUGCGGACUCGGUUCUUGACUGGGAUGUGCCCGAGGUGCUUCACCACUACUACCCAGUUGGCAUGGCAGGACAUGACAAGACAGGACUACCAGUAUGGAUUAUUCCUUAUGGAGGAUGUGACAUGAGAGGACUUUUAUCAAGUGUACGGAAAGCUGAUUACAUACGCUACACGAUUCGUGUACUUGAAUUGUCACGGCAGGACAUGGCUAAGCAAACUCAAAUUCUCGGUUACCCAAUUACUCAGCAAUGCUGUAUAUUUGAUCUAGAAAACUUCUCAUUGAAGCACGUGACUUGGAAACCUGCUAUGGAUGUGGUCCUUGAACUGGUGCAGUUGUACGAGGCUAACUACCCUGAGUUUCUCAAGUGUGCCUAUGUUAUUAAUGCACCAAAGGUAUUUACUCUGGCAUAUGCAGUGAUUAAACCCUUCCUUCACGAGGUUACCCUCAAGAAAAUAAGAAUAUUUGGACACAGUGGGUGGAAAGAGGCUCUAUUAGAAGAUAUUGACGCUGACCAACUGCCUCAACACUGGGGAGGAACCAGAACUGACCCUGACGGCAACACCAAAUGUCCCUCACAGAUAUGUUUAGGAGGAGAAGUACCCAAGAAAUAUUACCUAAGUCUCAGCAAGAGCAAUCUAUCCAAGAUUACAGAUGAUGAUAAUCUAUCUACUAUCACUCUGAACAAAGGUGGCAAAAAGAGACUUAAAUAUGAUGUUAAGCAACCUGGAUCCCACUUAAAGUGGGAAUUUCGUACCGAAGAUUUUGAUGUGGGAUUUGGAGUGUCCCGCAAAGUGAAAAAAGGCGAAGAGGAGAUUUUGGUACCAAUGCAGAGAGUUAACUCACAGUUGGUGACAGAGGAAGGAUAUUUAGUGUGCACAGAACCUGGCACAUAUGUGGUGACCUUCGACAACGAGUUUAGUUAUGUGAGAUCCAAGAAAAUUUUAUACACGGUACACGUGGAACCUCCUGGCAGUGUUAAAGAAGAAUAACGUCUUGUAUCAACAUGACAACGGCGUUACAAGGUACAAAAAUAAAUGUGAACAUUUAGCUUGUCACAGAUUGAAACUUCCCAACAUAAAACAAUAGUACAGUAAUGUACAUUACCUCUGUGCUUUUCUUGUACAAUGAAAAUGCAUAUAGUAUUUACAUAUUUUAUGUAUAUGCCUUGAAGUAAUUUAUCAUUCCAAGGAAGACCAAAUUAUUUGCAUUUAAAAGUAUAAAAUUGUGUUAUUUGUUGUGUUUAGUUGUUGCAGUAAUAAGCAUUGAAAGGCAUACCAGUUAAUGGAGUCUCAUAACUCCCCAUUGGUUAAUGGGGGAAGAUAAUCUCCAGCACAAAAAAAAAUAAACAGUUGUAGCACGUAAUAUUGAAAAUUGAUGUGUAGAGCGAUGCCCAGCUAUCUCCACCUAAUACAUGUUGUUAUGGCAGGUGUUAAAGUGUUACUCGUUGACAAUGUGAUGUUUUAGUUGCAAGAAAUACUGUACAAAAAUAAGAUUAAAACUUUCAUAUUUGGAAAAGUAAAUGAAGGAAAUUAUGGAAGUUGAAGUUGUUGUUUUUUACAAAUUUAGUGUACAGAAGUGUGCAUUGUAAAUUGUUGGAUAACAUGUAAGCUACAGUGGAUGUGUGGAGGGGUAACUAUGACACUUUAUUCAUUAACAACAAAGACUAAUAUAACUACCUUAAUAUUUGUGUCAUUCUAAGUGAAAUAUUAUUCAUAGAGUGUAUAAUUGUCUGUUAUCCAAGUUUCAUCCAGCUUAUACAGUAUAUCAAUUCUAAAUUUGUCUGAUGUUUUUCAACCUUGUCAUAUUUUCUGCAUUAUUUAAAGUGGAGUUUUCAUUCUAAAUUUGAGCUAUCAUCUCUACUGUCUAAUACUGUGCCUUGUAACUCAAAUUUCUUUAUUAGCAUAAAAAGUUUGAAAAGUUUUGCCCCAGUAGUUGUAAAGCAACACAGAACUGAGAGUAACUUUACACAAAGAGAUCACACUAACAUGAUGCAUCAAAUGAACAAAUCCACAAGGGCCGUGACGAGGAUUCGAACCUGCGUCCUGAGAGUAACUUUAUUGGAGACUAUUUUUUGCCUGUUAAUCGAAUCUUAGUGUUUUUCUAAAUCAUUGAGCAAUUUGCCAUUUGUUUCAUACACCCCAAAUAGUCCUUAAGUUUUUUUUACACGUGAGGCAGAAGAUUGGGCUGGACACCCAUCUUCCCACUUGAAGCCAAGGAAGUGCCUCGCCACCCACGGAAGUGGGAAACAGCUUUUGAGGAUACAGUUUGUAGUACAGUAAAUAAUGAUGAUCUAAAGUACUAUUGCAUUAACGACUGUCUUACAUAUGUGAUGUUCUUAAUAUUCAGGGCAUUUAUAAAUAUUAGUGCAGUACAGUAGCUUUAAUACCUUUUUUGACAACAUAAAAAUAUAUUGUAGUAUUGCUAUUCAUUACUCUCAAAAAGAUUAUCACAAGUAAGAUGGAUUAUCAAUUUAUUUUUUACUUUUUAUUUUUUUAUAUCUAAUACUCAUUCCAGUAUUUUAUUACUAAAAUGUUAGCUUUAAGGAAUUGUUAGUUUGUGAGUUUAUAGCUGUAAUUUACUGAAGAGAUUAGUGUUGUUUAACAUUUCAUAGUGUGUGUAAUCAAAAGUAAGCACAAGACCAAGUUAGCUGCACAUAUAUGGCUGUAUUUUACCUAGUUUAUAUUUCUAUUAAGUACAUGCAUCUCUGUAUGAUGAUAAUGUUUUUGCUAAUAUUUGAAUUAUAAUAACUAUUCAGUGAUCAAGAAAAUUUAGAAAGGAAAAACUUAAGGCAUUUAGUCCUUACUUUUUAUUGCGUUAAGAGGAAAAUUCAGUAUUUUUACGAAUAAAUAUGGGAUCCUA